CAUUUCCCAUUUCCCAUUUCCCAUUUCUCUCCCGGUCCCCUACGUCCAUAGCGCCAACUUGCUGCAUAUACCUAUACUUGCUCUCAUCUUUCUCUAUAUCCCGCUCCCAAGGACCAUAUAUCUCAAUGGACCUGCUGUUGACCUUUCAUUGUCUGUCUCAUCCUGUCCUUUGACCGCCACGCCACCCGGCGCUGCAACUCACCGCUCAUUAAGUUUGCUGCUACGCCUCAUAGCCCAUCAUGAAGUUUGGUCGCAACCUCCCCCGAAACCAAGUCCCCGAAUGGGCAUCCAGCUACAUCAACUACAAAGGCCUGAAGAAGCUCAUCCGAACCGUCGUCGCCGCGGAACCCGACCACGCCGAUCUGGCAGAAUUCUUCUUCUCCCUCGACCGCAACCUCGAGACCGUCGACGAGUUCUACAACCGCAAGUACAGCAAGGCGUCGCGGCGGUUGCGCCUGCUCGAGCACCGCGACCAUGACGACCUCGAAGAGCUGCGCGCGGCGCUGCUGGAUCUGCGCGGGCAGCUGCGGAAGCUGCAGUGGUUUGGGGAGGUGAAUCGUAGGGGGUUUGUGAAGAUUACGAAGAAGUUGGAUAAGAAGGUGGAGAGCUCGUUUAUACAGCAGUCGUAUAUCGCGUCGCGCGUGGAUCCGAAGCAGUUUGCGACGAACCAGGCGCUGGCGGAGAGUAUGAAGUCGAUUAAUGAUUGGCUUUCUGCGCUUAAUGAUGCGAAGACGCCGGAGAGCAAGUCGAUACACUCGGUGCAUAAGCCGAUGCUCAACCUGCCAUCUGGGUUGCUGGAGACGGUCAAGGGAGCGGUGCGGAACGAUGAUGCGUCUAUACUGAAGGAGACAUUGGCGACCGCUGAGUUUGACGCGGGAGACCCUGCCCUGAAUAGCCUCGAACUCACUCUACUUCAACGCUCCAUCUCGAGCAAGUCAAAGAAAUGCAUUGCCUUCCUUUUAGCGGAGGUCAAGGACUUUGACGAGCCAGAUGAUAUCAACCAGCGCAAUUGCCUGCAUCGUUUGGUUCUUGCUAUUAACAAGACAAACAAAGACCAGGCGGCCCAGCUACUCGAGACGAAUCAGUUCAUCCAUCCAGCUGCUCAGCCACUCCUAGGCCCACGCGCAAACAAAUGCGCCGAGGCUGAAACCCCGAGUCUUGAUGGCGAGACGGUUAAUAUGUUGUCGUACGUGCUGGAGAGGAUGAAACCUUCCCAGUAUAAUGCGAUCGCAGCUAAAGACUCUUAUGGCCGACUACCGCUCCAUUACGCUGCACAACUCGGCAUCGUCGUCGUCUGUGAGGUCCUGAUGAAAUUUAUGCGCGAAUGGGGUUUAUUUAAUGUCGAGAACGGAAUCGAUGCGCCGGAGUGGCAAGAUCAUGAAGGCCUGGCGCCGCUGCAUUUGAGCGUUGUCGGUGGGCAUUAUCUUACAUCCAAAGCGCUGUUUGAAGCCGAGGGCGUAACUGGAAAGGCUGCUAGAAGCUCAAAGUCCAGCGCCGUCUUGAAUCUCGCUACAAAGUCGAAUUACUACAGGAUUGUCCGGCUCUUGGUAGACUCUGGCGUUGAUGUAAACUGGCAAGAUGCCGCUGGCGAGACGGCUCUCCACGUCGCCGCCAGAUUCGGCCAUGUCGAGUGUGCCAAGAUCCUCCUUGAUGGCACUGUGGAGCAGAAGGCGGAUCCUGAUAUCUGCGAGAAGUAUUUCGAGUGGACGCCUGUGCAUAUCGCGGCCGUUGACGGACACCUUCCCAUCGUCGAAUUACUCCUCGAAGCUCAUGCGGACGUCAACCGGGAGGACUCUUCUGGGUGGAAUGCGCGUGAGCAUGCGGCGCUGAGAGGCCAUAUUAAUAUCGCGGAGCUGCUCGCCGAAUAUAUAACGCAUGACGCGGAAUCUCUUGACGGUAGCACGGGAUCGAGUGGUUCGCCGCCUGGUAUCGCGUCUUUGGAGGAGAGGAACCCGUCGACUACUGUCAAGGAAUCGAACCCGGUUAGGGCGUUUGGUCAUCGUUAUUUGACGGAUCAGAGUAUGGUUCUCGUCAGUCUCGGGUCGAUGGAUAUGAGGAAGCCGAAUGAUGCUGUGAAUCUCGAGAAGAUCCCUAUCGCGGAAGCCCACUCCACUCAGCUGGACACCGCACUGUCGAUUCUCGUCUCUGCCGUCGGUGCUGAAGGCGAUCAAACAACAAUCGACCUCCCAGUCCAAGAGAACAUCGCCACCGAACCCUUCACCUUCCUAACCAAAGACCCCUCCAAAGUCAAGCUCCUCUUCGACCUCGUCCCCACCUACUCCGGCAACCAAAAGCACAAACUCGGCCGCGCCGUCGCCCUCCUCUCCUCCAUCCGCUCCACCGUCGGCUCCCAGCGCGCCAACCUCGCCGGCGACCUCUCCGUCCCCCUCGUCGCCGCCAACACCCUCGAGGUCCUGGGGACCGUAAACUUCAACUUCCUCAUCAUCACGCCCUUCGCGCACCCCAACAUGGAGAUCACAGAGACGCAGACGUACUGGAAGAGUCUGCAGAGCCCGAUGGUGAUUGGGCACCGCGGGCUGGGGAAGAAUCAGACGACGAAUAAGUCGCUGCAGUUGGGGGAGAAUACGAUUCAGUCGUUUAUCUCGGCGGCGAAUCUGGGGGCGAAUUAUGUGGAGUUCGAUGUCCAGCUUACGAAAGACCAUGUUCCGGUCAUCUAUCAUGAUUUUUUGGUUUCGGAGACGGGGAUUGAUGCUCCAGUGCAUACAUUGACGCUCGAGCAAUUCCUCCACGUUAACGACACGCCCACACUCUCGCAACCGCCCUCCCCGCUGCGGAAAGCCGAUACGCCCUCCCAAGCGCUCCCCGUCCUCCCAGCGCUAACACCGCGCCCGCGCUCGCUUUCAGUGGGAUACACGCCGACGGACACGAAUACCCUGAUGGAGGAGCGGAUGAAAUAUACCCACGACUUCAAGGCGAACGGGUACAAGGCCAAUUCACGGGGGCGGUUCAUCCAGCAGCCCUUCACCACACUCGAAGAGCUCUUCCGCAAGCUCCCUGAGAAAGUCGGCUUUAAUAUCGAGCUCAAGUACCCGAUGCUACACGAGAGCGAGGAGCACCACAUGGACGCCUACGCCGUCGAACUAAACUCCUUCACCGAUGCCGUGCUCUCCCAAGCCUACGAGCUCGGCGGCCAACGGCACCUAAUCUUCUCCUCCUUUAACCCCGACGUCUGUCUCGUUCUCUCCUUCAAGCAGCCCAACUUCCCGAUCCUCUUUCUGUCAGACGCGGGAGCCUCGCCGGUGGGCGAUGUGAGGGCGAGUAGUCUGCAGGAGGCGAUCCGGUUUGCGAGUCGCUGGAAUCUGUUGGGGAUUGUGGCGCAGGCGGCGGCGUUUUGUGCGGCGCCGAGGUUGGUGAGGGUGGUUAAGGAGCAGGGGUUGGUUUGUGUGAGUUAUGGGGCGCAGAAUAAUGAUCCGAAGAUGGUGCAGCUACAAGUCAAAGAAGGCAUCGAUGCUGUAAUCGUCGACAGCGUCCUCGCGAUCCGGAAGGGUCUUCAGCAGAGCGAGGAGCUGGCUAAGGAGGCGAGCGAGGGGGUUAUUGCUAAGGCUGUGCAGGCUCUGAAUGGGAGUGUUUCGGUGGAAUAGAUUACCUACUAGCUCCUUGAUAGAAGUGGUAGAAGAUACGUGGCUAUGGUAUAACCUGGCUUAUGAUACAUUCCUAUAGGUAUAGUUGGGAUAAACCUCAAUUUGGGGAAUGAUGAUGGCUGGUAGUAGACAAGAGGUAGAGAUGCUACAGUUACUGAAUCCAUUUUUAUGACGUUCCUGGUAGUGAAGUCAGUUGAAUAAUUUCUACGAU